AUGGGGGGCCCCGAGGCGCUGGAAGUGCUCGCGGUGCACACAGUUGGCGUCUGCAGAUGGAAAGAAGUCCCCGAAGACCUCCACUGCGUCAUCUGCGAUAACCCUUUUGAACUCCCCUGCGCCGCCUGCGACACUCCGGGCGACGAGUGCCCCCCGGCCUUCGGGGCCUGCGGCCACAUUUUCCACCUGCACUGCAUUGCUGCGUGGCUGGGGGGCAGGGGCCUGCGUGGAGCAGCACAAGACACUUGCCCGAUGUGUCGGCAGCUGUGGCGUUUUGCUGCUCAGCAGCAGCACUUGUCGCUGAGGGAAGAUGAAAAAGGAAGAAAUUUAGAAGAAAAUGAUCUGCAAAUUGAUUUAAAUGAAUUAAAUCCCGAAGAUCUGCAAACGGACGACGAGCGCGCGGGCGACGAGGUGUACGUACACCCCAGCCUGCACGCCUGA